AUGAGCGCUCGUGAAGCAUUUAUACAAAAGCAGCGCGAGUACGAAGAGAUAUUGGAAAGGGUGAAGGAGGAAGUAGAAGGAACACAGCGUGAACUCUCUCAAGCUCAUGAAACGAUUCGUCGACUUGAAAGACGGGUUCAAAAACUGAAAGGUAAAUUUGAAUUAAAUGUUCCACAAAGAGAACUUGAAAGGAAAACUGCGGCUGAACAGAAUCUCUCUCUGAAGCACAAACUUGAUGAGCUGACAGCUGAUCUUGAAGCAGUAAAAGACAGUCAGAAGGCUAUCGAACCUGACACCAUACAAAUGGGGAACAAACGUGCCUCACAAGAGAAUCUCUUUCUGAAGCACAAACUUGAUGUGAGUUUCGUGAGGUUUUUGAGUUGUGCUCUCUGUCACAGUUGGGGUCAGAUGCACCUUUUUAAAGAAGCUCUUAAAAUUUUUGAUUCUUCUUUAGGAGCUGACAGCUGUUCUUGA